AAUGAAUGUAGCAUUUUUAUAUUAAAAUUGCCAUCUAAAAAUGUAAAAGCAAUUACAUAGUUAGAACAACACAUUUUGAACCAUUACUAAUAAUUGAGUUAGGCAAGAUAAUCAAUGGAUACUAAAAUAGUGAAGUUAUGAGGAACAAACUACAUAUAUAAUAACUUUAAUGGGUACUCCAGAAACUAAUUAGGAAAAAAUAACAAACACACAAUGGAGAUAUCUGGGAAGCAUCAUCUUCACCAAGUGAUCCAAGUUAGCUUCACCCCAAUAAUAGGCCAAAUUAGCAUCAUAUUCUUGCUUAGAAUACACACAGAAGAAUACUAUUUUUCCUGCAGAAAGUGAAUGAUUUGAACAAAAACUUUGAGGAAUAUUGUACACUCUUAAAUUGUUGGAUAUUUUGCUGAAGAACUCUUCAAAACAUCAGUAUUCAGAAAUGCACAAAAAGGCUGAGUAAAUAUUAUAGAUGCAAGAGACUAAAGACAGAUGACAAUAGAUAUAAUGCAUAAUCUUGGAUUAGGUCCUGAACUUGUGUGGUUGGAGGGGGAAUAUUGUAUAUUAGAGAAAAGAAAUGUGUCAAUGCAAUAUUAAAUUUUCUGAUUUUAAUACUUAUAUUGUGGUCAAGCUAGUGGGAAUUAGUUUUUUCUUACUAAGAAAAAUCAGAAAUUUAAAGUUAAAUAUUAUGCCUACACUUCAAUCUCAAAUGGUUCAAAAAAUAAAAAUUGUAUAAAGAUAAUAAGACUAAUAAUAAUGUUAACACAUGCUGAAUCUGCAUGAAAAUAAGUGGGAGUUCUUAUGCAAAAUUUGUGACACUGUCUGCAAGUUUAAAUUUAUUUCAUAAUUAAAUUCUAGAAACAGGUAACAAAUCUUGGGAACUUGAAGGGGCAUAUCUAAUAGGGACAAAGACACAGCCUUUAUCUUGGUUCAUUUUCAGACAAAAACUCAAAUUUUUUGACUUUUCUAUCAUACUUCAGUUCUUGACAGACUGCCAUUAAGGAAUGGGAGGCAACCAAUCAUGGGUCACAGAAUUCAUCCUGGUGGGAUUCCACCUCAGUGCAGAGAGGGAACUGCUCCUCUUCUGGAUCUUCUCCCUGUUAUAUAUUUUCAGCCUGAUGGCAAAUGGCAUGAUCUUGGGACUCAUCUGUCUAGACCCCAGUCUGCACACCCCCAUGUACUUCUUCCUCUCACACCUGGCGAUUAUCGACAUGUCCUAUGCUUCCAACAAUGUUCCCAAGAUGUUGGCAAAUCUGCUGAACGAGAAAAGAACCAUCUCUUUUGUUUCAUGCAUACUGCAGACAUUCUUGUAUUUGGCUUUUGCUGCUACUGAGUGCUUGAUUUUGGUGGUGAUGUCCUAUGAUAGGUACGUGGCCAUCUGCCACCCUCUCCAGUACACUGUCAUUAUGACCUGGAGAGUGUGCAUGAUCUUGGCUCUCAUGUCCUGGUCAUGUGGGCUUGCCCUGUCCCUGGUACAUGCAAUUCUCCUUCUAAGGUUGCCCUUCUGUGGGCCCCCCCAUGUGAACCACCUCUUCUGUGAAAUUCUGUCUAUCCUCAAGCUGGCCUGUGCUGACACCUGGGUUAACCAAGUGGUCAUAUUUGCUGCCUGUGUGUUUGUCUUGGUCGGGCCUCUUUGUCUGAUGCUGGUCUCCUACAUGCACAUCCUCUGGGCCAUCCUGAAGAUGCAGACAAAGGAGGGCCGCAGAAAGGCCUUCUCUACCUGCUCCUCCCACCUGUGUGUGGUUGGACUCUUCUUUGGCAUAGCCAUGGUGGUCUAUAUGGUCCCAGACUCUAAUCAACGAGAGGAGCAGGAGAAAAUGCUGUCCCUGUUUCACAGUCUCUUUAACCCAGUGCUGAACCCCUUGAUCUACAGCCUGAGGAAUGCUCAGGUGAAGGGUGCCCUCCACAGAGCACUGCAGAGAAUGAGUUCUAUGAAAGGAGUGGACAGAGUGUUAGUUGGAUAGGGCUUUGCUUUUAAACCUAUGGUUUGCUCAAGCAAAAACUGAGAAUUUCUUUCCAGUUAGAAGUUUGAUAUGAAUAUGUUAAUUUUUCUAAUUCUAGCUCUGAAAAUAGGACAAGGUUACAGUGAAAAAAUAACAUAUUAUGUUUUACACUACCCUUCCCACUGAAAACUCUAUGGAGUGUGAACCCAGUUUCUGGAUUAAAUUUCUUGUUGAGAGUCACUCCUAUUUGGAGAGUGGAAGACAUCGAAAAGCUAUUUUCCUUUGGAAUUUGCAUCAUUUUCUCAGCAUUUUAUUGCAAAUCUCCCAUUUUGAAAGAAAAGCAAACUAAACUCAAAGCAAGCAAAAAGCAA